AUGCUUGUCCAGUUCAACCGGCACCAGGAAAUCGAGACACUGCAACAUCGCCAAUUCGUUAUUCACUCCCCUCGACCUCCUCGCAAAAUACGGAAGGGCGCAGUGGAAUUGGAUCGACUAGGCAACCAUCCAGCCCUGCCUCCGUACCUUCUAACGACCGUUCCUUGUGACAGGGCGAGACGCAGCAGUGUCAUCAACUGCAUCUUCGCUUUCACCGUCGUCUUCGAAGAAUACCUGGAAGACCUGUGGUGUGGGAAUCAAGAGGAAAUUAUUCUCCCCCUCCUUUGCCCUAUCGAACCCGAUCGGGGAAAACGGCGCGAAAACGGUGGAGAAAAAAGGCGACAUGACAACAAUUUUGGAAAUGCAGUUGUCGAUCUUGAAGGAAUUGACCAGAAUCUCUUCUUCUGCGAAGGAGAUGGUAGAAUAUCAGAGGAGGCUUAUCCUUGUGCAACAGAAAAUACCCAUCGAACCAGAGCCAAGGACCACAUCAGGGACGCUCGAAAAUCUCGAGGACCCAUUGGAAUUCAUUUCAACAGAGACAACCAUCAGAACAUCGAUCUCGUCAUACUUCCAAUUGAAAGAGUAGAAAGCAACGAAACCAUUCAGAGGAAAGUACGAGAAGACUUUUGGAUCAAGAAAUUGAGACCCUCCAUCAAUACUCUGACGGAUUGA